AUGGCUGGCCACACCCCCGUCUUGGAUCAAUUCCUCAGCAGUGUUGCCGAGUUGGUCCAAAAUCGCGAUGGCGCCAAACUGCAGGAUUUCCUCCAGAUCGAACCUCCACUCUCCGAGAUUUACCAGCGCAUGAUUGAGGAAUUACGCCAGCAACAUGCUACUCCCCAGAGUGAAACUGCACUACUCCAGCGAUGUGAGGCCUUGGUGCCUCGGAAGGGCUCGUCAUGGACGGCCUUUCCCACCUUCGUUAAACUCUACCUGACUUUCCUGCGUGAUGUGAACGUCGAGAAUCUUCUGGACACCUAUAACCUGCUCAAGGCCCUUCUCAAUCAGUGUGUAUUGGCCCUUGGUGACAGCCAAAUGGGUGUCAUCGUCCUCCCGACCGUCCUCUACCUCUCGAAAGUGCUGGCGAAAUUGGCCAUGGGACUAGACCGCCGGCCCGAGUUGAUUGCACAUAUUCUGCGAAUGGAAGGACAUACCGAUCGCGACGAGAAUAUUGAGAAGGUGACUCUAGUAGAGCAGUCGGCCAACGUCGUGCGCGAGGCCUUCAUCAAGUGCCUCACGGAUCGCACCGGCAACCCGGGUCCGCAAGGGAAGCCCGAGGGAAAAAGAAUUGGCAUCUAUCUCAUGGCCAAUCUGUGCCUGAAGCUUCUGUUCCAGUGCGGUAAACUUCGCAACGCCGAGCAGAUGUUCGCCAGCAUCAGCGCGCAAUCCCCGCCUUUGACCUUCUUCCCAGCCUCCCAGCGCGUCACCUACCUCUACUACCUGGGCCGCUAUCUUUUCUCCAACACCCUCUUCUAUCCUGCCCAGAUCGCCCUUCAGGCCGCCUAUGACCAAUGCCACCGCCAGGCAUUGAGCCAAAGACAUCUCAUUCUGUCCUAUCUGAUCCCUUGCAACAUUAUUUUGGGCCGAUUCCCGUCCCGGGCUCUCCUCCUACGACCCGAGGCGCAAGGCCUCACCGAACGGUUCGAGCCACUGUGUCGUUUAAUUGCUCGCGGAGACUAUAUUGCGUUUCGCCAACAUCUCUCCAUCGGUUCCCCAGCCGCGGAAUGGUUUGCACGGAAGGGGAUUUUGCUCACGCUCCGCAACCGCUGCGAGAUUCUGGUGUGGCGGUCAUUUGCCCGCAAAGUGUUCAUCCAGGGAGGUUUUCAUGGGGACCCGCAGGCGCAGGCGCAGCGCGGACCCCCGCCGUUCCUCUACCUCCAGAAGCUGGUUGUGGCUACAUUAUGGCUGCAAUCGCAACACGCACCAUCCAACGAGAGCCCCAGUGAUGCCACUGCGGCUUUUAAUUCCUAUGGGUCCCAGAUUGUCGCCGAACCAGCGGAUCCUGAUUUCAGCGGCCUAUCGGACUCGCCCGCGGUUGGCAACCCCGACGCCGAUCACGAACUUCUGGUCAAGUAUGGGGACUACCUGGCUCCCGAUGGCCUUUUUGAUGACCGAGGCUACUGGCACGAGAAUACGCACGGGAAUUUGGUGAACGGGGUGCCGGAAGCUGAGGAUGACGACCGCCAAUUGGAUCCGUAUGGGCAACCCGAUCCCGAAGCUAACGGGGCGUCCCCGGUCAUGCGAGAGAUUGAAUCCAUCCUCGCAUCGCUCCUCACUCAGGGCUUGAUGCGCGGCUAUCUUACCCACCGCAAUCCCCGGUUCGCCAUCCCUGGAGCUCGACUACGGGGCGCCUUGCCCACGGGAUUUCCCAAUGUCUGGCACACCAUCUCUGCACACGAGCAAGAAGAUGACAGUGUGCCCGGGUGGGUUCAGCCGCCCAAGCCCUCACUGGGUGCACCUGCACUGGCAGGAGGGCGAGUAGUCAACCUCCAGGGCGCCCGGCCGGUCGGGGUGCAGUAG